AUGGGGAGAACGGGAUCCGAAAAUGCGCUUCUUCCUAGUCAUCUGCCUCGCGCUUUUAAUCGCUACGUAGCGGCCAAGAAAGCCAAGGACACGCCCUGUUCCUCGACCACGGAAUGUAAGGCGGGCCUGAAAUGCUGCACGAUGUGCCCGGCCGACGCAGCUUGCGGCCCAGGAACUGAGUUCUCGCCCACCUGUGACGAUGGCCCCUGCGAGUCGCCGAACUGGCUCGAGUUCGAA